AUGGCUUGUGGGCUCGAGACUUGGAAUCCCGAUCCCAGCAUUCUUCGUGUUCGUGACGAGUAUUUUAUUGCAACAUCUUCAUUUGAGUAUUUUCCUGGUGUUCCAAUAUACAAAUCCAAAGACUUAGCAAACUGGGAGCUAUACUCCCACGCCUUGACAACUCCCGACGAUGUUCAGCUCUACGGUGUUCCAACAGGAGCUGGUGUAUGGGCGCCUGACCUUAGCUACAUUAAUGGCCGAUUUUAUCUCACGUCGAUGACACGAUGGACAUACGAUCCAACUGCAAGAGUGUGGCCUCGAGUUUAUUUCAUCUCAUCAAAAGAUUUGAUUAACUGGUCAAAGCCAACUUGGUGUGAGCCUUGGGGCAUCGAUCCAAGCCUCUUCCAUGAUCCAAAUUCAGGGAAGACAUACUUGAACCUUAUGGCCCCUAAUAACAAUAUCGAUCGUCUGUGGGGUAUUUAUCAAUGUGAGGUCAGCUUAACGACUGGGAACUGCGUUGGAGAAUACAUUAGCUUAUGGAACGGAACCCUCCCUCACAACGCCGCGGCAAGAGAUGAAGGGCCUAAGAUGUUUUUUAAAGAUGGGUACUACUAUUUACUCAUUGCAGAGGGUGGCACCGACGACCUCCACAGAUCUACGAUCGCAAGAUCGAAUUCACCAAAGGGGCCGUGGACUCCAGCGCCAAACAAUCCCAUCCUUUUUAAUGGUGCUUAUGGAUUUGACAACCUUACUGUUCAGUCGACGGGACAUGCAACCUUUGUAGAAACUCCUCGCGGUGAUUGGUAUGCAACAUUUAUCGCCCGACGAAAGAUUAAUGGGACCUCCCCUCUUGGGCGAGAGACAUUCAUGACGACUAUAGAGUGGAAUGAUGGCUGGCCGAUUUUGAAUAAAAACAAACCAAUUCUUCUUAGUGAGAGCUUUGGUACGACGCCUGAUCAGAAAUAUCCCCCAGCUGCUUUCCGGGACACAUUUCUGUCGAAUGUCAUUGACUCAAGCUGGUACCAAUUACGCACUCCAUAUACCAAAAAUUACAGAACCGGCACUCACGGCAACGGCGGUAUAAUAUUCACUCCCAAUGUUUUCUCAUUAAGUGAACGAGAUACACCUACAGCAAUUCUGCGCAAGCAGAAGUCAUUGAAUAUGACAUUCUCAGCCUCGUUACUUCCGACUAUCAAACCUUUAGGUUAUCUGCAAUCUAUUGGUAUUUCUGUUUAUCUCAGCGAGUUUCAACAUCAAGAUAUAGGGUAA